CACUUCGUCAGCAUGCCUCUGGGUUCUUGGCCACAUUUUGGUGUAGGGCUUGGCAACAUUUCUGUUAGCAGGAGUUAUUUUUCACGGCCCUUAACUGAAAUCAGAGCAAAUUGAAUAUUGAUUUCUGGGGACCACACAUGAUUGGUGGUCCGCUGUCUAGCACACGUAUGCCGUGGACUGGCUCCCCAUGACGACGAUUGACCACAACAUUGCCUCCUGUGUGGGAAGUGGACAUGUCAGAACGGCCACAUAUGACAUUCGAAGGUACAUUUUUGACGCGAGUGGAGUAGAACUAGCCAAAGAGAUCCCAAAAUGAAGAAUCAGCAAGUGUUGGUUGACUACUGGACCAUGCUCAAGACCUCUGGGCUAUGCCUACUGCUGGCCUUCUGUGGAUUCGUACUACUCAAGAUGGUGCAGACUGUAUUCUGGCUGCCGGGGCACCUGAAGAAGAACCAACAGCGGCUGGAGGAACUGGCCAAGCAGUACGCCAAAGAAAUUGGGGACGACGAGCGGGCCGAGAUCGAGAAACUCUUCAACAGCAACGAGCCGUUGACGGAGGAGCGCAUCAACCAGUUGCUGGACAAACCGGCGGACGCGGUCGAGCCCAAGAAGGACCAGUAGACUAGAUCACACGCAUGUUUUAUAUAUAUAUAUAUAUGUAUUUUAGUGUAUAAUCGAUAAUUCUUGAUACAGGUUCUAGUUCUUAUUUGCAUAUCGUAU